AUGAAGGUUCUCCUUGUGUCUCUACUGGGGCUUAAUCUGGUUGUGGUCAUGGGCUUUUCUUCGAACCUUGACUCCAGACUCUGGUGUGAACACACGGUGGAGGAGAGGGUGGAGAGGAUGGUCUCCCCCCGCAUGCAGCGAGAGGUGGAAUGUUCCGCGGUGUAUCAGUACAACACACAGGGCUGGAGGCUGGACGUGGAUCGAAUGCGGCACGAACACGGAGGGGACGACGGCAUCGCACUUUAUUACAAGGGACAGGGGCCUAAAGCGUCCUGUUACAUAUUCAAACCACCAGACAUUGAGACCGAAACCGUGAACCGGACGGUCAGACAAUGCUGUGAAGGCUGGGGCGGCCCUCACUGCUCAGAGGGGGUGGGUGCCAGGGGUCAGUGUUUCUCCACCUGGACGUGUGAAGAGUUUCCCGGGGUUCAUAACUCGUCCCUCAUGGCGCUGGAGCAGUGCUGCAGUAACCUGUGGGGAUUGAGCUGGAGAAACGCGUCCGAUCAGACGUGUCUGUCAUGCACCUACACGCUCCUGCCAGACGUCAGGUCUUCUCCUGUCAUUCGCGGCGUCCGUGACCCGCAGGCGUCCGGCACAUGUAUGAGCUGGGGCGGGACGCACUACCGCACCUUUGACCGGAAGCACUUCCACUUCCAGGGCAGCUGCACGUACCUGCUGGCUUCAUCCACUGACGGGACGUGGGCCGUGUAUACGAGUUCAGUGUGUGACACUGCGGGACACUGUCGCAAGGGUCUGCGGAUGAUGUUGGGUCUUGGUUUGGUUUCCAUUCACAAAGGCAACAUGACUGUUAACGGUUUAGCACUGCCGCAGGGUGAACCUCUCUUCCAAAACGGAGUCAGCGUUCACUGGCUGGGCGAUUUUGUGUUCGUGGAGAGCGGUUUGGGUGUUAGACUGAAGUUCGACAUGGAGAACACCGUCUACCUGACGGUUACCGCCGAACACCUCGCUGCCACUAGGGGGCUUUGCGGAGUUUAUAACAACAACCCAGAUGAUGACUUCACUACCAGCGGUGGAAGUGUGUCUCAGUACGCCGCCAGCUUUGGAAACUCAUGGCGUGUACAAGAUCAACAAGCCCAGGUGUGCAGUGAUGCAGCAGAGCUGGGCCACAGCUGCGAUCUCUCCAGUGACGUCUCUCUACGGCGGGACGCAGAAGCAGCAUGUCAUCGUCUUAAAGAAAGCCCCUUCUCACACUGCCAUCACCAGGUGGAUCCCGGCCCGUAUAUAGACACGUGUCUGUAUCUGUACUGCAGUCUGGAUGUGAGCGAGAGAGAUACGGCGGUGUGCGACACGUUAGCCAGCUACGUGCGCGAGUGUGCGACGCAACACGUCAUCAUCCGCUGGAGGACCGCUGGCUUCUGUGAGCGUGUUUGUCCGAGCGGUCAGGUGUUCUCCGACUGCAUGUCGUCCUGCCCGCCCAGCUGCUCAUCUCCCGGUCCUCCUGCGUCGGGUCAGUGUCGGGACGAGUGCGUGGGGGGGUGCGAGUGUCCUCCGGGUCUGUUCCUGCACGCCGGUCAGUGUCUGCGACGGGACGACUGUCCCUGCUUCCACAGACGCCGCACCUACAGCGCAGGAGACACCAUCAGACAGAGGUGUAACACAUGCGUGUGUCGAGCCGGUCAGUGGGAAUGUUCCGGAGAGAGAUGUGAGGCUCAGUGCGCUGUGAUCGGAGCGAUGCAUGUCACCACCUUCGACCAGAAGAGAUACGGCCUGCAGGGCGGCGACUGUCAGUUCACAGCCGUAGAGGAUUUUGUGGAUCAGAAGCUCAGCGUCAGGAUCAGUGGAGGACAGUGUGCAGGAGGAGCUGCUGGAUGUCUGAGAGAGCUGACGGUCACUGCGCUGCACACUACAGUCUCCAUCACUGACUCAGGUUCAGUGAUGGUGAACGGUCAGCGGGAGCUGCUGCCGGUGAUCACAGGAGACCUGAUGGUCAGAAAGCCUUCCUCUAGUGUUCUGCUGAUCCAGACGUUUGGAGCUCAGUUGAUGUGGCACCUGGACGGACCUCUGCUCCUCAUCACCCUACAGCCAGGGUUUGCCCAUAAGGUUCGAGGGUUGUGUGGCACUCUGACCUGGAGUCAGCAUGAUGAUUUCACCACACCCGAAGGUGACGUCGAGAACAGCGUUUCUUCUUUUGCCGCCAAAUUCCGAACGGGCUCAUGCCCUCUGCCCUCAGCGAUGACCUCUGACCCCUGCGGGACGUACACCCAGUGGAGACAAUAUGCAGAGAGUGUGUGCUCUGUGAUUCACAGCUCAGUGUUUCAGGUGUGUCAUGACGUGGUGGACAGAGAGCCGUACAUGCGUCUGUGUCUCAGUGAAGUGUGCAGCUGCGGCCCACAGAAGUCAUGCCAGUGCACCGUCCUCGCCGCAUACGCCCGUCAGUGUGCCCAAGAGGGGACGCUGGUCAGCUGGAGAAAUCGCACAUUCUGCUCGGUGCAGUGCUCCGGAGGGCAGGUGUAUCAGGAGUGCGGGCGUCCGUGCGGAGCGUCCUGUGCUGAUCUGUGGCACGGCUGGAGCUGUGAGGGGGUCGAGGGCGGCGGGAACUGUGUGCCGGGGUGUCAGUGUCCAGACGGACUGGCACAGGACGGUCAGGGUCAGUGUGUGCCCGUCCACAUGUGCCCCUGCACACACGGAGACCAGCUCCAUCCCGCGGGAAGCACCCGACAGAAGAACUGCAACAGCUGUGUUUGUGCACGUGGCGUGUGGAACUGCACAGAUCUCUCGUGUCCUGAGGUCAAUCAGUGUCCGGGGUCUCUGAUCUUCUCUCCUCGCUCGUGUCUGAGGACCUGCUCCAGUCCAAACUCUCCUCUGGACUCCUGUACCGAACCCAUCCACGGCUGCAUCUGUCCGGACGGCACUGUGCUGCUGGGUGAUCAGUGCGUAAAGCCGGACGAGUGUCCGUGUCAUCACAACGGCAGACUUUAUUUCACCAAUGACACCAUUUCUAAAGACUGCAACACAUGUGUUUGUCGCGAGCAGCGCUGGCACUGCGGUCAGGCGUUGUGCUCGGGAACCUGCGUGGCCACUGGUGACCCUCACUACAUCACGUUUGACGGCCGUUAUUUCUCCUUCUUGGGUGACUGUGAGUACGUUCUGGCGCAGGAGACCAGCGGGCUGUUCAGUGUCAGCGCGGAGAACGUUCCCUGCGGGAGUACCGGAGUGACCUGCACUAAAUCCGUCACUCUGACCGUCGGGAACACGGCCAUACAUCUGCUGAGAGGUAAAGCCGUGACGGUCAACGGGAUUCCUGUGACUCUUCCGAAGUCGUAUUCGGGCAGCGGGCUGAUUCUGGAGCGGGUCGGGUUAUUUGUGUCCCUCUCCUCUCGGCUCGGAGUCACUCUGCUCUGGGAUGGAGGUAUGCGUGUUUAUGUUCGGCUGACUCCUCAUUUGCGCGGCCGAGUCGGAGGAUUGUGUGGGAAUUUUGAUGGAGACGCAGAGAACGACUUCACUACCAGACAAGGCAUCAUGGAGUCCACUCCGGAACUGUUCGGAAACUCCUGGAAAAUCAGCCCUUCCUGUCCUGAUGUCGCAGACCAAGAUCUUCGUGACCCCUGUGUUAUCAACCCUCACCGGGUGACGUGGGCCAAGAAGAAGUGUGCGGUGAUCAGUCAGGAUAUCUUCAGCUCGUGUCAUUCAGAAGUGCCGUAUCAGCAGUACUACGACUGGUGUGUCUUUGACGCCUGCGGGUGUGACUCUGGCGGCGACUGUGAGUGUUUGUGUACGGCUGUAGCUGCGUAUGCAGAGGAGUGUAACCGCAGAGGAGCGUAUGUGCGCUGGAGGUCACAGGAGCUCUGCCCGCUGCAGUGUGAGAAUGGGUUAGUUUAUGAGGCCUGCGGUCCUGCCUGUUCUCCAGCGUGUCCCAGCACUCCUUCCCUCUCUGAUUCUCUGUGCAGCGCCCUCUCCUGUGUGGAGGGAUGUUUCUGUCCCCACGGCACCGUUCAGCACGGUGACGUCUGUAUUCCUCCGUCUCAGUGUCCGUGUGAGUGGGACGGAUCUUUAUUUCCGGCAGGAUCAACGGUCACUCAACACUGUCAGAACUGCUCUUGCUCUGACGGUAUGUGGCGUUGUGUUGGAUCUCCAUGUCCUCCUCCGUCUCCCUGCGAGGACUCAGAGUUUCGCUGCUCCGCCGGAUCUCAGCGCUGUAUUCCCUCUGUCUGGCUCUGUGAUAAUGAAGAUGACUGCGGCGACGGUUCUGAUGAGGUCUGUCCUUCCACCUGUCCGCCGGGUCAGUUCCGCUGCUCCGGUGGCGCCUGUUUACCGCUGGAGCUCAGGUGUAACGGCCAUCCGGACUGCGCUGACCAAUCAGAUGAGGACUUCUGUGCGCCGACCACACCAGAAGCCGGCUGUCCGGCUGGAGAGUUCAGGUGUGCUAACGGACGCUGUCUGCCGGCACGGAAAGUCUGUGAUGGGAGGCUGGAUUGUGGAUUUGCUGAUGAUUCUGAUGAGCACGACUGUGGUGCCGUGUGCAGACAGGACGAGUUCCGCUGUUCGUCGGGCCGCUGCGUGCUGUACCUGCACCGCUGUGAUGGUCACGAUGACUGCGGAGACUACAGCGACGAGAGAGAGUGUGUGUGUGCGCUCGGAGAGCUCCAGUGUCCUGGAGAUCAGUGUGUGCCCGCAGAGAGAGUGUGUGACGGUCACAGGGACUGUCCGUCCGGCGUCGACGAGCUCAUCUGUCCUGUCAAAGGAUGCAGUCGGUUUGAGUUCAGCUGUACGAGCGGUCAGUGUGUGCCGAUAGCGUGGCACUGUGAUGGCGAGACAGACUGCCUGGACGGGAGCGAUGAGAAGCGGUGUUCCCGUACAUGUCAGCCGGACCAGUUUCUCUGCCAGACCGGAGACCAGUGCAUCCAACACCAGCAGCUGUGUGACGGGACUCCCCACUGCAGAGACGCUUCAGACGAGAGCGUGGACAACUGCGGUUCCACACAGAUUCCUCCCUGUCCGGACAGUUUUUCAUGUGAUAAUCGCACAUGUGUGAAUAUUUCUCGUGUGUGUAACGGGAUUCCUGACUGCCCUAAAGGAGAGGACGAGAUACUCUGUGAUAAAGUCAAUCCCUCCACAGCCCCUCCUAGUGAGGGAAACACCAGUCGCGUCUGUCCCGAGUUCACCUGUGCUGAUGGAUCCUGUGUUCCCUUCAACACGUUAUGUAAUGGUGCUGCAGACUGUCCGUCGGACCGCUCCGAUGAGACGGGCUGUGGUGUCUGGAGCCCCUGGAGCCCUUGGAGCCCCUGCAGCCGAAGCUGUGGAUCCGGAACCAUGAGCCGACAGAGACGCUGCAGCCCAGAAGAUUCAGACGGACGCUGCAGAGGAGAAAAAACACAACGACAGCAGUGUUACUCCACCGCCUGUCCGGUUGAUGGCUACUGGCUGCCAUGGGCAACAUGGUCGAACUGCAGUAAAGGUUGUGGCGGUGUAGAGAUUCGUCAGAGAGAGUGUUUCCCACCACAGAACGGAGGCAGAACCUGUGCAGAAUUACCUGGAGAAACUAACCUCACUACUGACAUCAAGCCGUGUCCUCAGGACGGCUGUGCUAACGUCUCGUGUCCUGUGGGUCUCGUCAGACACAGCUGUGCGCCGUGCCCUUUGACCUGCGCUCACAUAUCCGAGGCAACAACAUGUGACCUCAACUCAGAGUGUUUCAGCGGCUGCUGGUGUCCUGAUGGGACGGUCAUGAACCACGAGCAGCAGUGUAUUCUGCCGGAGGAGUGUGUGUGUGAGGUGUCGGGGGUACUGUACUGGCCCGGUCAGCAGGUCAAAGUGGCCUGUGACAUCUGUGUGUGUGAGAGAGGCCGAGCACAGCACUGUCAACCCAACCCAGAGUGCUCAGUUCACUGCGGCUGGUCGUCCUGGUCUCUCUGGGGCGAGUGUUUGGGUCCAUGUGGAGUUCAGAGUGUCCAAUGGUCUUUCCGAAGCCCGAAUAAUCCCACAAAACACGGCAAUGGCCGACAGUGCCGCGGAAUUUACCGCAAGGCCCGGCGCUGUCAGACAGAGCCGUGCAGAGAGUGUGAAUAUCGUGGACACACAUAUGCGGUGGGCGAGCGCUGGAAAGGCGGUCAGUGCCUGCUGUGCCAGUGUUUGCCCAACUUCACAGUGCAGUGCGGCCCGUACUGCCCUUAUUCUGCCACUGGAUGCCCACAGGGUCAAACUCUGAUUCCAGGGGAAGGAGACAUGUGUUGCUAUUGUGAAGAGAAAGGUAAUAUCACCACUGUCGUGACGACUACACCAAUGGUCCUGCCAAUAACGGUUGGACCCUCCACACCACCAGAGGGCCCUCCGACUGUGCCAACGUACCCUCUGCCACCUGGAGAUGAGUGUUGGUCAGCUCUGGGAGUUCACUCGCUCCCCGCCACCAGCUUCAGCGCCUCGUCCCAUCAGCCCGGCCACCCUCCGUCAGCGGGACGUCUGCACGUUCGAGAGCUGCACAGCGACCUGCAGGGCUGGAGCCCGGAGCCGGAGCAGUACAGAGAGCUCCCGGCCGGGACCCCUGAUGAGGGGGGGCACUCCAGUGGCCCCUACCUGCAGAUCGACCUGCUCAGACGCUACAACAUCACAGGCUUGUUGACUCAGGGUGGCGGCGUGUUUGACACGUUUGUGUCCAGCUUCUAUCUGCAGUUCAGCAGCGAUGGCCGUCAGUGGUACACGUAUAAAGAGAUGAUCACAGACGCCAGACCUAAAGCAAAGGUGUUUCAGGGCAACAGUGAUGACCGCGGCGUAGCUCUGGCCCGCCUGGACCGGAUGGUGUCGGCUCGGUUUGUGCGGAUUCUGCCUCAUGACUUUCAGAAUGGAAUCUAUCUGAGAGUUGAGCUCAUGGGCUGCGCUGAUGAGCACGAGCAGUCCACACCUGCCCCGCCCCUGCGUCCCUGCAGAGAGAGAGAGUUCCUCUGCAGAAACGGCCGCUGUGUUCCUGCUGGUCCUCAGGGGGCGCUGUGUGACGGGCUCGACGACUGCGGGGACGGAACAGAUGAGGAGAACUGCGGAACUCAUCCGGCUCCCAGUGUGGUCUGCCCGUCAGGUCAGUUCUCCUGUCCUCCUCCAGGGGGCUGUAUUGAGGCGGAGCGUCGUUGUGAUGGAGUUCCUCACUGUCCCGAUGGAGCGGACGAAAGAGACUGUACACACACUAAUAUUACCCACAUCACCCCCACUGCCGCCCCGCUCAGGACGCCCAGCAAGACGCCUGUUACCACCACUGAAGCAGGACCUGGUCAGAGAGGUGUCUGCUCUUCUGCUCUGGGAUUGGAGGAUGGGCGUGUCCAUUAUGGUCAGCUGACCUCGUCCUCGUACAGAGAGAAUAAUCCUGCUGACGCGGGCCGUCUCAACGUCGUGCCCAACGUUAUGGUAAUGGAGCCAGGAUGGAGUCCGUUGCCUGGAGACCCUCAUCCAUACUUCCAGGUGGAUUUCCUGGAGCCCACAUGGAUCUCUGGUGUGGUGACGCAGGGCAGUGAACGCAUGUGGGGUUACCUCACCAAAUACAGGCUCGCUUUCGCUUUAGUUGACAGCCACUUCAUCAACUUCACUGAGACCGGAGACAGAGACUCUCCUCCGAAGGUAUUUGAGGUGAGGAUGGUCGGUCGGACGCCUGUCACACGCUGGUUGGACAGACUGGUCAGAGCUCGCUUUCUCCGGAUCAUUCCUGUAGAGUUUCGUCCCACUUUCUAUCUGCGUGUGGAAGUCCUGGGCUGUAGAGGAGAUGAGUUGGUCACACCCAGUAGUGAAGUGACCACAGCGCCACCUGGUGGACCAGGAUUACAGAACCACACGGGACCAACAGGACGUCCCGGUUACUAUAACUACACAUCUGGACCUCCAGGACUUCACACCAAGAGUCCACAGGAUGGCAGCCCAGGAGUGGCUCCGCCCUCCCGCAUCACAACACCGCCACCGGGCAUUCAUAUUUGUGACCACAGCCUUUCUUUUUUUCUAGACACAUCUACACCCUUUGAUGAUGGUUUACCCAGAGUUCUGUGUGUGAAAGGACAGUUUUCCUGCAGGACGUUCGGCUGUGUGGAAGCUGCGCUUGUGUGUGACGGCCGCAAGGACUGUCCCGACGGCUCCGAUGAAGAUCGCUGUGGCUCCGUCGCUCCUCUCCCAGGACCCGUAACCCCCUCUCAGCGCCCCCUGCUGCCCGAACGCUGCUCCUCCAAACAGUUCAGCUGCUGGAGCGGCGAGUGUGUGAGUUCGGAGAAGCGAUGUGACCUCCACAGAGACUGCGCCGACGGCUCGGAUGAGAGCGACUGCUUCGACUGUAUUCUGUCUCCCUGGACGUCCUGGAGUCAGUGCAGCGUGUCGUGUGGUCUGGGGUCGCUCUUCCGGCAGAGGAACAUCCUGAGAGACGCCCGUCCGGGCGGUUCCUGCGGCGGAGCUCAGUUCGACAGCCGGCCGUGUUUCCUGCAGGCCUGUCCGGUGGACGGUCAGUGGUCGGAGUGGACGCAGUGGUCAGGCUGUGACGUCCCGUGUGGAGGAGGACUGAUGGUGAGGAACAGAACCUGCUCCAACCCUCCGCCCAAGAACGGUGGGAGAGACUGUGACGGGAUGAGCAGACAAACACACGCGUGUCACAUGCAGUCCUGCGGGCCGCACACGGACACACAGAGCGGCUGCACCGGAGGAAUGAUCCUGCUGAACGAGUCCGACUGUUUGUCUGGGAUCAUCGACGCGUGUCCCGUGACCUGCUCUGACCUCCAUUCUGAGAGGAACUGCACCUUAAACUGCUCUGCAGGAUGUUAUUGUCCUCCUGGACUCUUCCUACAAGAUGGACGUUGUGUCGAUGCCAGUAAAUGUGAGUGUUUAUGGGAAGGUUCGGUCAUCCAGCCUGGACAGGAAGUCAGUACCAGCAGCUGCAGCUCAUGCAUGUGUAAAGAUGGGCGUGUCACUUGCGAUGACUCCAGCUGCGUCGCUCGCUGUGAUUGGUCGGCCUGGUCUUCAUGGACGUCAUGUGACAGCAGCUGUGGGACGGGAAUCCAGCACCGUUACAGAUCUCCUCUGAGUCCCAUGGGAGCGUCGAGGGUCGAGCCGUGUGACGGGGACUCCACCGAAGCCCGCCGCUGCUCCACGCCCUGCUCAGAGGGUCCUGACGGAGUGUCCUGGAGCGAGUGGACGCUGUGGUCCGAGUGCAGCAAGACCUGUUUCCAUCACGUGGACGCUGUGGGACUGAGGCGGCGCUUCAGGAGCUGUAAUCACACAGACGCCGGCGCCUCCUGUGGUGGAGACGUGGAAGAACACGAGCCGUGCAACAUGAUCCACUGCCCCGUGUCCGGCGGCUGGUCGUCCUGGUCCAGCUGGUCCGACUGUUCGUCCGAGUGUGACUCUGGAGUUCAGACGAGAGAGCGUUUCUGCAGUUCUCCUCCGCCGCUGUACGGAGGCCUCAUCUGCCCCGGGCCGCACGUCCAGACCCGCGACUGCAACGUCCAGCCCUGCUCUGGUGUGUGUCCGCAGGGCAUGACGUUCCUGUCGAAGGAUCAGUGCGAGGCUCAGGGCGGCGCGUGUCCCCGCGUGUGUCUGGACGCCAUGGCGGACGUGGAGUGUGCCACUGAGUGUUAUGAUGGAUGCUACUGUUCUCCUGGCUUCUACCUGUUCAAUAACACCUGUGUGCCGCUCCACCGCUGCCCCUGUUACCAUAAGGGGGCGCUGUACGCACAGGGCGACACUGUGCCUCAUGACAGCUGCAACAACUGCACGUGUGUUGAUGGAGAGAUGCGGUGUGGAACAGCGCCCUGCCCUGUGGAUUGUGGGUGGAGCGAGUGGACCGCCUGGAGCGCGUGCAGUCGGACAUGUGACGUGGGCAUCAGGCGGCGCUAUCGUUCAGGAACCAAUCCAGCGCCGGCGUUUGGUGGGCGUGCCUGCGAGGGCGACCGCAUCGGACUGGACACGUGCAGCAUUACACCUUGUUUCGGAGUGAAGGGCCCGUGGAGCCCGUGGUCCGAGUGUUCGGUUCCCUGCGGCGGCGGAUACAGGAACAGAACCAGAGGGCCGCUCAGGACUCACGGGACGCCUCAGCAGUUCAGCGCGUGUAACCUGCAGCCCUGCGGUAACGGAAGCGCUUGUACGAACGGUCAGGAGUGGGCCGCGUGUGUGAGAGAUGAGCUGCUGUGUUCGGAUUUGGGGUCGGACGUCCAGAGGGAUUCCAUCUGCCAUCCUGGCUGCCAGUGUCCUGAAGGGUCAGCCCUGCAGGAUGGCGAGUGUGUGUCUCUGUCGCUCUGUCACUGUCAUGUAGAUGGAGAGCAGCACAAACCCGGAGCGACAGUCACCAAAGACUGCCACAACUGCACGUGUGAAUCCGGAAAGCUGGUGAACUGUACGAGUGUGGAGUGUGACGUGGACGGCAGCUGGUCAUCUUGGACUCCGUGGGGCGUGUGUUCUGUGUCGUGUGGCGCCGGUCUUCAGUCGCGCUAUCGCUUCUGUUCCGACCCGGAGCGAGCUGGGAACGGACUUCCCUGCUUCGGGCCGGACCGAGAGGACAGAGUGUGUGCUUCAGCGCCCUGCAGCAGACACGGAGGCUGGAGUGGCUGGACGUCCUGGACCGACUGUACCAAGUCGUGUGGCGGGGGGGUGCGGAGCCGCAGGAGGGACUGUGAUCGGCCAAUCAGAGGGGGUGAUGGAGACUAUUGUGAAGGACUGGGAACUGAAGUCAUCGUGUGUAACACAGACCACUGUCCAGUGUCUUCAUGUUCACACGUGCCAGGAAGUGUGUUCAGUGCCUGUGGACCCUCAUGUCCGCGAUCAUGUGACGACCUCACUUGUGUGGAGAGAGACGAGUGUCCCUGUCUGGACCUGCACACAGGACGACGAGUCCGACCCGGAGACACCGUACGAUCUCCAGACGGCUGCAACAACUGCACCUGUGAGGGAGGGAAACUCACCUGCGGUGAACAUCCGUGUCCAGUGGACGGAGGCUGGUGCGAGUGGGCCGACUGGACGCCCUGUUCAAAGACCUGUGGAAUUGAGUGGGUGUCCCGCUACAGGAGCUGCGCCUGUCCUGAACCCAGAUCAGGAGGAGCGCCGUGUUCAGACCAGCAGGAGGAACGAGCCGGACUGGGAGUCCAGAUCCAGAGACAGCCGUGCCCAUCCGUCUCCUUCUGCCCCGUCCAUGGCUCCUGGGGCUCCUGGAGCUCAUGGUCGGACUGUGACGCGUGUGCCGGUGUGUCUGUCCGGCACAGGGAGUGUAACAGCCCUCCAGCGCGGUUCGGCGGUCUGUCCUGCCUCGGAGAGAGUCGGCAGAGCCGCGGCUGCCACGAUAACGUCACCGUCUGUUCAGACUGUGGAGGCGGACAGGGGGAGUGGCCCUGCGGGAAGCCCUGUCCUCGCUCCUGCUCCGACCUGCACGGAGACACGGAGUGCGUGGACGUGCCGGGAUGCAGCCGGACCUGCGGGUGUCCCGGAGACAUGCUGCUGCAGGACGGGGUGUGUGUGGACCGAGAGCUGUGUCGCUGUAAAUUUCACAACAUCAGCGCAGCUGGAAUAGACACUGGGAAUGUUUCCUGGGAGUGGCCAGGAACAUCAGACUGGCAGCAUGCAAAUCCAGGAGAGACCAUCAUCACUGACUGUCAUAACUGUACAUGUGAAGCAGGUGUCCUGAACUGUGACUCACUUCCUGGUUGCUCUGUCGACGGCAGCUGGAGCCAAUGGGCUCCCUGGUCAGAAUGCUCCGCCCACUGUGGAGGCGGGGUUAAGGUGCGAACACGUCUGUGUGAUAACCCCGCCCCUCAGAGCGGCGGCAGAGAGUGUGUGGGCUCCGGCCGACAGCAGAAAGUGUGUAACACUCACAACUGCUCAGAUUCUGGUCCUUGGUUCGACUGGUCAGCGUGGUCAACGUGCACCGUCAGCUGUGGUGGAGGGUCUCAGAGCCGUAGCCGCUCCUGCCGAACGCCACCCUGCUCGGGCAUGAGACGCCAGAGCAAGACCUGUAACACACAAGUGUGUCUGGAGGUGGGCUGUCCUCCUGGGCGUCUCUAUAGGGAGUGUGAGCGUGGUGAAGGGUGUCCGUUCAGCUGUUCUCAAGUCAGCGGUCAUGAGGGCUGUUACUCAGAGGGCUGUGAGGAGGGCUGCCACUGUCCACCCAACACCUUCCAGCACAACGGAUCCUGCCUUCAUGAAUGUCCAUGUCUUGUGGACACUGACUUCCUGACCUCUUUACAAAGUGUGUCGGUGACCCCUGAGUUGACCCCUGACCUCCAGAACAUCACUGUCGGAUCAGAGCUCAUGUCUGGAGAGGAGCUGAUGCAUGAAUGUAGUUCCUGCUCAUGUGAACAUGGACUGUGGAACUGUUCUUUGGUUCCAUGUCCCCGUGAUGGAGGUCUGUCUCCCUGGGGCCCCUGGGGUCCCUGUUCACUCAGCUGUGGGGGUCUCGGCCAGAAGAGUCGCAGCAGAAGCUGUAACCAGCCCAGUCCUGCUCACGGGGGCCGAGACUGUGAAGGGCCGCUGCUGGACACCGCCUACUGCCAGACACCCGACUGCCCACUGGUAACAGUUCCAACAGAGGAACCAUCUUUACCAGAUGAGGAUGCUGGGUUCUCCCAGUGGACAGUGUGGAGUCCAUGUUCCCGAACCUGCAACGAUCCGGUUUCUCCUGCUCUGAAGUUCCGUACGAGGGAGUGUGUUGAUGAUCGCUGCUCUGGAAAGAGCCAACAGGAGAGAGUUUGCAAUCUGCCUCAGUGUCCCGAUGGUGGCGUGUGUCAGGGGCCUGAAUGUGCGCACAGGAACUGCUCCUGGAUGAUGUGGGGUGAGUGGAGCUCCUGCUCUCGCUCCUGCGGCGUCGGUCAACAGCAGCGCGUCCGGACCUUCAUCGCCCCCGGCGUCAACGGGACCUGGUGUCAGGACAUCCUGGGCGGCAACGUGGAAAACCGCUUCUGUAGUAUUCGGGCCUGCCGCGUGGAUGGAGGCUGGUCUCGCUGGAGCCCGUGGUCCCGCUGUGAUAAAGCCUGUGGUGGUGGACGCUCCAUCAGAACCCGCUCGUGUUCCAGUCCUCCGCCCAAAAAUGGAGGCCGCAAGUGCACCGGAGAGAAGAACCAGGUCAAACCCUGCAACACCAAACCAUGUGAUGAUGGUGGGUGUCCUCCAGGGCAGGAGUUUGUGUCCUGUGCUAACGAGUGUCCACAGCGCUGCUCGGACCGUCAGCAGGGCAUCGAGUGCCAGACCAACACCGAAUGUCAGCCGGGCUGUCGCUGCCCGCGGGGUCAGCUGCUGCAGGACGGCAUGUGCGUUCAGGUGUGGCAGUGUGACUGUCUGGACGCGUCGGGUCAGAGCUGGGCCGCGGGCAGCACGCAUCAGGUGGACUGCAACAACUGCAGCUGCGCAGACGGAGAGCUCACCUGCACCAACCGCACCUGCGCAGGAGAGAACAGCUGCGCCUGGAGCUCCUGGUCCACCUGGGCCUCCUGCAGCUCCACCUGCGGACCGGGACAAAGGACGCGAUUCAGAUCUCUGGUUCCUGAGGGUGAUGGUGUAAACUGCCAGUUUGAGGAAGUCCAGCACAAACCAUGUGACCCCGGCCCGUGUCCCCCACUGUGUGUCCAUGACCAGCAGGAGCUGUCUGUCGGAGACACUUGGUUAGAAGGAGAAUGUAAACAAUGCACCUGCAUCCCUGAAGGAGAAUACUGCCAAGAUAUAGACUGUCGAGUGGACGGUGGAUGGACCCCAUGGUCUGUGUGGUCGGACUGUCCCGUGACGUGUGGAAAGGGUAAACAGAUCCGCACCCGCGCCUGUAUCAACCCUCCACCGCGAAACAACGGCACAGACUGCACUGGACCUGAGAGAGACACCCAGGACUGUCACGCUGCUCUCUGUCUUGAUGACCUUUGCCCCUGGUCCCCAUGGUCGCCCUGUUCGCGCAGCUGUGGCGCUGGUGUGAUCUCCAGACGACGGCAGUGUGUGUGUGAGGAAGACGGCGAUCAUGCGUGUCCUCCGGAGCUCCAGAAGGAUGGCGAGGAGACGCAACUGUGUUAUAAGAGACCCUGUCCAGCCUGUCCGAUGUCAGAAUGGAGCGUGUGGAGCGAUUGUUCCUGUGUGUCUCAGUAUCAGCAGCGCUAUCGUGCGCCGCUCGUUUCAGCCAGCAGUGGGCAGCGCUGCAGUGAUCUUGAGAGGCAGAACCGGCCCUGCACACCUGACAACUGCCAAGAUUGUGAGGAACCCUUCCUGUUCUCUGAAUGUGGAUCUCCGUGUGAGAAACACUGUGAUCUGUUGGGUCAAACACACACGUGCGCGUCCCGUCAGAACUGCACACCCGGCUGCUUCUGUCCUGAGGGUCUCCUGCAGCAGAACGGAUCAUGUGUCCGUCCGGAUCAGUGCGGAUGUGUCCACCUCCUUCAUCAGGGGUCAGACAGACCUGUGGCCGUCACUGUCCCGCAGGGGGCGCUGGUGACCGUGGGCUGCAGUACAUGUCUCUGUCACGACGGCUCUCUUCAGUGUGAUUUACGGGAAUGUGAAGUGAUGGUCAGUGAGUGGUCAGAAUGGACCUCUUGCUCUCCAUGUAUCCCAGCAUCCUCCUCUCUCUCCAGCGGGGACGCUUUCAGGUCUUGUGUCCGUUCAGCGGCGGUACCAGGGCCUGUCUGGAUGUGGACUCUGGGCUGCCGGUCAGCGGGAGAGAGGGCGAGUGUGAUGAAGAGCUGGAGGAAGAGAGAAUCUGUCCACAGCCUGACAUUUGCACCGGUGGGUCGCCAUAAUCUGUGUCACUGGAGCUCAUGGAGCGGCUGGAGUGUGUGUAAAGACCCCUGCAGCGGCGGAUACCGUCAGCGAGAGCGCCGACCUUUGACCUCUGACCGACCACACUGCAAGAACCUGCAGACGCAGUCUCAGAGCUGCAACACGGGCCUCUGUCCUGGUGAGCAUUGUGAGGACAGAGGGCGGGUCUAUAACGACUCCUGUGCCAAUCAGUGUCCUCGCAGCUGCGCUGACCUGUGGGAGCACGUCCAGUGUCUGCAGGGCACCUGUCAUCCAGGGUGCCGGUGUCCAGACGGCCGGCUGUUACAGGACGGAGGGUGUGUGCGAGUGGACGACUGUCGCUGUGGGGUUCCAGUGGAGAACGGGACGCUCGAGAUCCGACCCGGAGAGAACAUCACCGUCAGCUGCAACACCUGUGUGUGCGUCAAUGGCUCUCUGGCGUGUACGGAUCGGGUGUGUCCGGUCUACAGUCCGUGGGGAUCGUGGAGUGAGUGUUCGGUGUCAUGUGGGACGGGACAGAGGACACGCCGGCGGUCCUGCACACACACGACUGGAGGACCGUCCUGCACUGACACCCUCCAGAGUGAAAUCUGCUCGCCGUCGCCCUGUCCAGCCGGCUGCGUGGUGAGCGAGUGGUCAUCCUGGAGUGACUGCAGCGCCUCCUGUGGUGGAGGAGUGUCACUGCGCAGGAAGACGGUCCUACAGGAACCAGAGCCUGGGGGUCUGACCUGCCCCGGACCCCUCGAACAACACACCGCAUGCAACACUAACAACUGCCUGCCCGAUUGUCCUGCUGGUCAGGUGAUCAGCACGUGUGCGGGAUCGUGUCCGUACAGCUGUGAGGAUCUGUGGCCCGAGAAUCAGUGUGUGCCGGCGACCUGCAGUCCUGGGUGUAGCUGCCCGCCUGGAGCCGUGAUGCUCAACGGAACCUGUGUUCCUCAGUCCCAGUGUCCUUGUUCUGUCGUCUCGCUCCUGUCGGUGUCUCCCAACGUUACCCUGGACCUCCAAGAACAGGAAGUUCCUGCCGGAACUGUCAUACCAAACUCGUGCAACUCAUGUGUCUGUGACGGUGGGCUCUUUACCUGCACUAACGAGUCAUGUGACGUGGACUGUGAAUGGAGCAGCUGGUCAGCGUGGAGCUCUUGUUCCGCGUCCUGCGGCUCUGGACAGCAGUUCUCCAGUCGGACGAUACGGCGCCAGCGUCAGUACAGAGGACAGGAGUGUGAGGGGCCGUCACACACGUCACGAGUCUGCAGGGGCCCCGAAUGUGAGUGUCCGAAGGGUGAGCGUUGGCUCUGGAGUGUGUCCGGGUCCGAGCGAGUGUGUGAGAGGGGGUGUGUGGACCUCUACAGGCCUGAACCGCUCAACUGCACGGGCCCCGGGGCCACGGAGGGCUGCGUGUGUGAGGAGGGCCGAUAUCGGAGCCUGGAGGGCCGGUGUGUGAUUCCAGCGCUCUGUCAGUGUGAAGAGGAAGACGGGACGCUUCGAGAGCCGGGGUCCGAGUGGGUGGACGGCUGUCAGUCAUGUCGCUGUAUCAAUGGCCAGAAACACUGUCAAUCAAGCUGUCCUCCACUGCAUUGCUCUGAGGGUGAAGUGAAGGUGCUGGAAGCGGAGGACUGCUGCCCUGUGUGCCGGAGAGAGUAUCCAGAGGAUCCUGUUGCCGAGUGCCGUCGUUACACUGAGGUCAGGAACAUCACCAAGGGCGACUGUCGCCUGGACAACGUGGAGGUCAGCUUCUGCAGAGGGCGCUGUUUAUCCAGGACCGAUGUCAUUCUGGAGGAGCCGUACCUGCAGGCCUUCUGCGACUGUUGCAGUUACAGGCUGGACCCGCAGAACCCCGUGAUCUUCCUCAGCUUGCAGUGUGCCAGCGGAGACGUCGAGCCUGUCGUUCUGCCCGUCAUUCACAGCUGCGAGUGUACCAGCUGCCAGGGUGGGUAA